UUUGCACAACCGGGAGAUUUUUUUUGUCGUUCGUUUGAAGAGGUUUAAAAUGAAUGAAAUUGUCGAGUUGUGUUCCGAAAAACCUGGUUCGAAGCAUUCCGGAAGUGGCCCAUGCUGGGGAUCGAAUUCCGAGGAGGAGCACUGUUUCUCUGCGGUCGCUGCUUACACCUCGCAUCAGACAGAACGUUUUCUAUCAUCCGGUGGAUCCAGUCCGGGAGAUAUUCAACAGUUCUUUCGCCUAGUUCUAGUGUAGCUGACACUUUGAAGAAUAAAACAUUUAAAAAUAUUGCUUUGCAAUUUGCACGACUACCUCAGCAAACAGCAUUAACACAAGUCUAUCCGCUUGUCAAUCAAAAUUUCAAAGAUAAAAUCAAAGCAUUUGAUAGCAAUCUCAAACUGCAUACGCGGAAACUUCAAUCGAUUAUUUCAAACAACUUCAAUGCUGCGGUGGCUCAUUUAACAAGUGCUGUGUCAAACAAAGUUAAUAUAGGAGUUGCUAGCUUAAAACACAAUGUUGCUAGUGAAUUAACAAAUCAUGAGUUUUCGAAGCAAGCUGAAAAAAAUUAUCAGCAAAACAUCAUUUUUGCGGCCACUCGUUUUCCAUUUUAUGGCAAAGUUAUUAAAAACCAUAAAUUAAAGCAAUCGAAACAUAACAUUAGAUCAAAGAUCCCAAAUAAUUAUGAAACACUCAUGACAGACUUGGGAAUAUCAGGAUAUACACACUUCGAAAAUGCAGUUCUUCGUGAUUUGGAAAAACGAGAAGAACAAAAAGUAGAAGCAACUAUUCACACAUUGUUUGAUAAUGCUACUCAGAAAAAUUUCCUUCCAAAAACAACCAGAAAUGAUAAUAAUAGCGAUGAAUCUAAAUUAGUUUUUACAAAUAAAGACCCCGCAAAAAAAAUAAAACAUCUAAAAUAUGUGUUGCUUUCUGAACACAGGAAAAAAGAACAGAACAAAACAAUUAUUGCAAAAAUUUCUCAAGAAAAAGUAAUUCAAUCAACAUUGCCAGCCAAUAUUCAACAAAACAAGCCAAAAGAGCUCAAUACUCAAGAAUCACGACAUAAUUUAUUUGCUUUGAAUAGUAACAAAUCGGAUUUAUAUUUUUCAUCGCCUAAGCAACAUAUAGUUUUACCUAUGAAUACAACAUUUGAAACUGAAACAUACCACAAGACCAUAGGACCAAUGUUGAGUAACCUUCACGAAAAGAUACAUUUUGAUAACCAAAAUUCACUGAAACUGUCCGCAGAUUGCCACGAAGGAAAUACUGAAUGUAAUCCAUUUUCUUUUAAAUAUUUAAAUAAUCUGUCAAACAACAGAAAACGAGUUUCAGUGAAUAGAAAAGAUAACAAUGAAUCAACCACGACAUUAAGCCCAAAGCUUUUUCGAAUAGGAUUAUCAAAGAAACACGAUACUGGUAUGGAUAGAUUCAAAGUUUUCAACAGUUCUACUAAGGAUAAAUUGAAAGUGCACCGUGGAAGCAUUAAGUUUAGCGAUCAUCUAAAAAAUAGCAUUUAAUUAAACACAUGCAAAUUAAAUACUGUCAUCUGGGGUGAAUCAAGGCUUGUGGGGUAAAUUGGGAAAGCUAUUGUCGGAAUGUUUGUACAAAAUUAUAUAUAUAAUUUGAUAGUGUGUAUCAACUCUUUAACGCGGAAAUCUAGGUUGAUUCCAUAUACAAAAUCUAUUUUUCCUCGCGAUUGGUAUUCGAAGUGUUCAAAAUUACUGUUUUUGUGGUCAUUCAGGGGCUUGGAACGGUGAAUGAACAGAGCCCAAAUAUGAGGUUGAUGAGACGUAACAGGAGAUGGCGUUCCACCUUGAAUUUUUAUCAGAAUUUAAUCCGUAAAAACCUCAAUCUCGACAUAUUUGAAAAAAAAAUAUUGAAGAUAGCCCUUUUCUGUGUAAAUCCCAUUUGAAAUUCAAGGGCGUCCAAUUCGCGUUUAAGAGCUUUAUAAUUCCGUCAGAUGGCGCGAAGCAUCGAAGAUUUUUUUUCCUGUUUGGUGAUAGAUAUAGGAAUGGAAACUUAAAAUUAGCUUUUAGAAUAACUUUGAAGCUAAAAUUCAAGUAGUUCGCUUGUUGCCUUCGAUAAAUUAACGCGUUAAGGUGAAACGUGAAGGCAACGUGGAGUGCUUAUGUAUUUAUGCGAUUUGAUAGUGUUAGUUGAUGAUCAUCAGUGAUGACGUCAUUGGUGUAAUAGUACAUAUUAGUAAGGCCGUGUAGUAGUAGUAGUAGUACAGUAGUUGUUCGGUAACUGGGCGUUGUUUAACUGGGCGCUCGAUGAC